UACACAGAGAGAGCAGUAAGCUGACGUGGAGACUGCGCGAGUGCCCACAGAGUGCUACAGACCCCCUGGAUACAGCCAUGGGACCCCUACUCAUCCUGGUCAGUCUUUACCCUCUCAUCUGGGCCUCCCACGUUAAUCAACUUGAUCCUAAUGGGACCAAUGUGUGUUCAUCCACAAGUGAUCCGCCAUUACUGAGCUGCUGUGCAGGCUGGAGGCAGCGAGGCAGUGAGUGCUCUGUCGCGAUCUGUGAGGGUCCACAUUCCUGUAGCCCGGAAGAGAUCUGCAUCCGGCCUGGUGUAUGCCGCUGUCCCCCCGGAUUCUUCGGAGCCAACUGCGUGACCAAGUGCCCGGAUCAGUUCUGGGGUCCGGAUUGUCGGAAUGUGUGCCCGUGCUAUCCGAACGGGAGAUGCGAUGCGGUCACCGGGAUGUGCUCGUGUUACCGGAGCCGCUGGGGGCCCCGUUGUAGCCGGAAGUGUGCCUGCGCCCAUGGCCGGUGUGACAGCAGUACCGGGAGUUGCCAGUGUGAGGCAGGCUGGUGGGGGCACGACUGCAGCAGGGUGUGUCGCUGUGAGCCAGGGAAGUCGGCGUGUGACCCGCAGACGGGCAGAUGCCGCUGUGCCCCCAGGUACUGGGGCACGCGGUGUAACCUGUACUGUUACUGUAACCACUCGGCAUGCGACCAGUUAACCGGGGAGUGUGAGUGUAACGCCGGCUGGUGGGGGACCCUGUGUAAUCGGCUCUGUACCUGCCAGCAUGGAUCCUGUAACAGCACCAACGGGCACUGUACCUGCCAGCCUGGCUACCAGGGCCCGAGCUGUGGCCAGCCCUGCACCGCCGGCCACUACGGGGAGAGCUGCAGGAAAAGGUGCAGUCACUGCAAGGAGCCAGAGCAGUGCUCCCCCAGUGAUGGUUCCUGUCAAGCCUGCCAGCGAGGAUGGACUGGGAGCCGCUGUGAGAGGCCGUGCCCCCCAGGAACACAUGGAGCCAACUGCAUGGACAGCUGCCCCCAAUGCUGGCGUGGGGAACCCUGCAAUCCUGUGACUGGGCACUGCCGAGCCUGCCCCAACGGCUGGUUCGGUCCCAGGUGUGACAGUCGCUGUGUGUCUGGGAUGUUUGGUCACAACUGUUGGUCCGUCUGUCCUGACUGUAACCACGGAAACUGCCACCAUGUGACAGGGGAGUGUGUCUGCCAUGAGGGAUACACAGGGACCAGGUGUAAUGUUUCCUGCUUCAGUGGGUCUUAUGGAGUGAAUUGCUCCAGUUCCUGUCUCUGCCUCGGAGCUUCCUGUGACCCUGUGACCGGACACUGUCCUUUCAGUAAGGCGGGGAUAGUGAUCGCUGUCAUCAUGGUGACUCUGCUCAUCCUGCUCUGCCUCCUGUGCUGCUGCUGCUGCUGUGGAAACGUUAGUGAUGAUCCCAAGAACAGGACGCCGGAGGAGGAACACAGUCCAUUCGUGCGGAUGAAACACCACGUCCACGGAGUUCUGCUCAAUCUUGGUUCCGGAAUGCCCUGCUUCUCGUUUGGAAAUCAGAAACUUCCCAAAGUGACCGUUUCACACCAUGAUGCAGACGUUAGUUUUAACUGCAGCUUCAUUGACUCGGUGUCUGCUGGCUGGGACUCGGUGUCAUUCUCCUCCUUCGAGACUGACCAAGAGGAGCCUGUCUACUGUGUACCCCCUCAGGAAGGAAGUGCGUUGCUGGCUCCUGGAUCCGGCUUUCAGGAAUUGAACUCGCGGUGCAACUAUUUCCCGGGGGAGCAGCUGGAGGCAAACAGCGAGGACAUGGUGCAGCCGCUGAACAUUCCUCGCACCUCCAGCAUCGUCAAGGCUCAUCGACCCUCGGUCUCGUUUGCUGAAGGCACCAAAUUCGCGCCUGAGCUGAGACGGGGCUCGAUGCCCGAGAGCAGGGCCAUCCCUGCGGCCAAUGCCCAGAGGAAAAGGAAGCUGAGCUGGACGUUCAGUAAGUUAUCAGCCAUUGUGUCAGAGCCUGGGCAUAGUGACUGCCUCUCUGCAGGAUGCCAGCGUACCAGCUCCCCUGGUGUUGUCUACCCUGUGAAUGGUGCCCACUCCUGCUCCAGUGAGACCUCUCCCAGGGUGGGUGUUGGAGAGGACAGGAGCCCCCCCACCGCGGACCUCAGAGACCCUUCGGAUUCAGAGCCGAGGGGCUCCCAGCUGACACCAGCUGAUGCCCAGGUUGGGAGCAUCAGCCAGAAGCUGCCGAUGGGGAAGGCCCAGCGCUCCUCCAGGAUCUGGGCCAGCACCGUGGAAGGGGUCGGAGUUGGGACGGUGCAGGCAAUGCUGAGAAGGUUCGGAAGCUUCCAGAGACAGCGUGCUGCUCCCCGGGAGGAAAUGGGUCCCCGAGCCCGGGGAGAGAAGGUCUCCAAAAUGCAGCGCAGGCUGCAGAAGAAACUCGAGCCAAGACCAUCAGAGAGUGAGGUCACCUCUUCCGAUGAGCCGUGCCCCUCGGCCGCUCAGCAAGGUCCAGCAGGAGGGAAUGGCACCCUGACCAAAAAGGCACUAAUCCCAACCACGCCCAUCCUCCACAAACUGGUGGCCAAUGUCGCAGAGGGCACGGAGAGACGGCUGGACAUGGUGCCCCCCUCCAGCCAGUCAGAGCACCCCCCUCAGCAGGAGCACGAGACCCCUGAAAGCAAUCAGCGGCCCUGUCCGAACGCUCUGUAAAGGAAUCCCAGAGACAGAGAGAGACCUGCUAUGAGAAACAGAGAUGGGGGGGGGGGGUUCACACUGACCCAGGAGG